UAUGUGUUAGUGUUCAUUAGUUUUGAUUUAUAAAAAUUUGUACUAUUUAUUUAAACUUUGUAUUAUGUAAAAUAUGAAUUUUCUUAACUGUUUUGUAUUAAUCGUUAUUUUAAUUCAAUCACUAUUGUCAAAUUUUGUGUUAUCGAAUUUAAACGAAAUUAAAAAAAUUGCAAUUCUUAAUGGAAUACUUGCGAAUGUAAAUGCAUGGGAUAAAUUUAAGAAUAUAAAAGUUAAAUAUGGAAAUAGAAAAAACUUGAAAAUAUUAACAGUUGAUAAUAUCUUUGAUAAUAUUGACAACAAUAUAAAUAUACAUCAGAAUAAUACACAGCUACUUUCAUCAACAUAUUUGCAUGUUAAUUCAAGCAAUCAUCAAAAAAAGGUAGAGUUAAUUUUUAAACUCGUAAAAUGUAAGUGUUGGGAAAUGAUUAAGCUCUGUAAUCGAAUUUUGUUAUACAUGAAUAAAGGUUAUAAAAUGAUCUAUGAUGAAGAAAUAACAAGACAAGAUAGAACAAUGACCUUACAAAUGAAGGAUUUGCUUCUAAGAAAAAUCGAUGAAUAUAAAGAAUUAGUACAUUAUCUUUAUAAUAUAGCACUGUUUUUUAAAAGUUUAUUUCCUGAAGGUAAUGAAAAUGUAAAUUCAACUGACGCAUUUUUUUCAAAACUACGUUCCGUAGUAAAUAUGCCAAUACCACCUGAAGAUACUAGUUUUUCAAGAAAUUUGAAAAAUACAUUAAAUGACUCAUUUAACAAAAUUUUUUAUUAUUCAAAACAUUUAUGUUCUUAUACAAAUAGUAUUAAACUAAUGCCUUCAUAUAAACAAAAAUACAAAGAUUAUAAGUCAGCUAAUGAAGAAUAUAAUGAUAGCUUUGCAGAAUAUAUAAGUUAUCACUUUGACUUUCAUGUAAAAGAAACUUAUGAUUUGUUUAGAAUUUGACAUCAAAUAAAGAAAUGAAUAAUACAUAAUAUUAAAUUAUCAAUUUUUAAUGUUUAUAAAACAUAUAUGAAACUUAAAAAUGCCAAAUCAAGUUUUCAUAAUAGUUGUUAUUUUAAGAAAAAUCGAGUGAUUUAUAUUAAUAAAG